CUGUGGCCGCGUCUGUGUCCUCGCGUGCGCUGUCCGUCCUUCCAGCGGACGGACAGCCGCAGGCCGCCGAGGGGCGGGGGAUGCCGGGCUGCCGCAUCAGCGCCUGCGGCCCGGGGACCCAAGAAGGGACGGCAGAACCCGGGUCCCCGCCGCCGCCGCCACCCCGGGAGCACCUACCGUCCCCUCAGUCCCCGCCCCCAACUCCAGCCUUGACCCCGACCCCGGCUCAGGCCCCAUCGCAGCCCGAGGCGGUCCGGGCGUCGGCGGGCGCGGCCGAGGGGCAGGAGCUGCAGCGCUGGCGCCAGGGCGCUAGCGGGAGCGCGGGCGCGGCGGCCGGGCCGGGGGCCGGGCCGGGGCCGGGGGCGGGGGGCCGCGCGCUGGAGCUGGCCGAGGCGCGGCGGCGGCUGCUGGAGGUGGAGGGCCGCCGGCGCCUGGUGUCGGAGCUGGAGAGCCGGGUGCUGCAGCUGCACCGAGUCUUCUUGGCCGCCGAGCUGCGCCUGGCGCACCGCGCGGAGAGCCUGGGCCGCCUGAGCGGCGGCGUGGCGCAGGCCGAGCUCUACCUGGCGGCGCACGGGUCGCGCCUCAAGAAGGGGCCGCGCCGCGGCCGCCGCGGCCGCCCGCCCGCGCUGCUCGCCUCGGCGCUCGGCCUGGGUGGCUGCGUGCCCUGGGGCGCCGGGCGCCUGAGGCGCGGCCGUGGCCCCGAACCCGACUCGCCCUUCCGCCGCAGCCCGCCCCGCGGCCCCGCCUCCCCCUAGCGCUGACCUCAGCGCCCGGACCCCCGGCCACCCCGGACAGGCCGUCGCCGAGGUGCCGACCGACGGAUUGCGGUCACCGGCUGGAUGGACGGCGUCACCUACGCGGAUGGACAGACUGACCGGCCGCAGGAAGAGACAGUCGGGGGGCCAGGGGCCCGGUAAAGGAGGCUGAGCUCCUCCCAAAUCCUCCGGGCCUCUGCUGUAAGGAUCUGGACUCGUGGAUUCUGCUCCUUUUCUGGGCACCUCCUUCAGGAAGACUUUGAGAAUUGACCCCACACGACCUCAGCGCCUUCCUCACAGGAUCCCUUCACUUCACAGUAGCAAGGGGCUGGGCUCCAGGGAACUUGCUGGUACUAAUUUCUUAUUUGUGCCACUUUGACUUUGGCUUUCACUGUACAGCUGGAGAUGUUACUACAGGCCCUGAGAUGCAAUCCGAUUAUUUAAGAAAGCAGCAAACAUUUCCAGUGUAAAAAUGAAAAGGAUUUCUUGUAAAGAUAUAGUCAUUAUUCUUAAGUCACGGUGCAGCUGGGGUCCCCAUUUUGGGAGACGUCAUUUCUUCGAAGCACCAGGAGGCCUGUUUGAGGGGAAAGGUUGGUCUGAGAAAUCCCUGUUUCCCUCAUCCACUGUCCUUGUUCUCCCCUUGUGGGAGGUGCCUGUGGCCCCUCAGAAAGACAAUCAGCUGCUGGCUCCUGGAGGGACACACCUUUCUCAGGAGGAGGUGGUAGGAACAUAAAACUUCUAAGCAAGGUUUUAAAUGAAAAAAGGAAACAUUUAUUGACUAUCUUGAUAAUAGAGGGAAGGAGAGCACAUUUAUUCAACACAACUCAGAACUGGUGGAAUUCUGCAGAAUGAAUGCAUACUGAAUCAGUCCCCUGAUUUAUACAUUCAGGAAGAAUAAAUUCCAAUAAUGU